AAGCGCAUUCGACUCAAAACAGCACGGCGACGCGAGCAAUGUCGCACAAACCAAGCGCGCUACCGGAAGAAGCAGACCGAGUACGCAAAGGACCUUGAGGCCACGGUGGUGCGGCUUCGACACGAGAUCCCGCUGCUGGAGACACAGCACAGCCGCCUUGUUUCCGGCGCCAAGUCGAGCGCGUGGUGCGUGGUGAUGGAGUACUUCCACAUCUUCCGUAAUGGGGCUCGGCCUUUCGCUGAAAUCCCCUUGGGACCUGAAGCGUGGCUGCAGAGGUCCGAGGCCCAGCAGCAGCUAUCGUUCCUGCAGUCAUCCAUGUCUGAUGACGUCGUGCUGGGGGAGCAGCGAGGUGUCAAUGCGCUCCUCGAGCAGUGGAAGCGGUACACGACCAGCUUUGACGAUCUGCAGUUCCAGGUGGAGCACAUGACUCGAGUCUCCGAAGACUUCUUCAUCGCGGCCACGGCCUCACUCAACGUGACCAUUUCCGAGCAAACACUGCAGUACGUCUUCCCACACUUCGUGGAGGUGGGUGGAGACAGAUGUAACUCACCGCAACAAGAUAAAGUAGCGCUACUGAGGUCCAAGUUGCUAGGCCAGCGGCUAUCUCUUCCGUGCCAGCUCUGCUUCGAGUGGGACAAGAAGAGCAAACGGGUGGUGCGCAUGGAGCAGGCUGUGGACUUCUUGACGCCGCCGCUCCGGGUUGUAGGUUCGUUAGCAGACGCAGCGUUUGUUUUCGAGCAUGCUCGAGUCAACCUGGACGGCGUCAUCGGCGAGUUCUAG